GGCAGUUGUACUUCGCGAUGCUAGCGUGCUAUCUACUCCUUCCACUUCAAAAUGCAUUCAAAGUCCACCGGAAAUGCAUUUUGGCUCGGAUUAACUCGUUAAUGGGAGCUUUAGAUUUUAAACUGACCAUCUCUCUUCUGCUCCUUUUGUUUUAAAAAUGCCAGACGUUUGAAGUAAAGCCUGGCGUAAUACUAAGCUAGCAGUUAGCUUUAGCCUUGUGGGAGCGUCCAGACAAGUUUUAAAGGACUGAGACUGAAGGAAAAGUUCCUGAGAGAUUAAGUGAAGAUGUCUAAAGUCAGAAUGCUGCGAUCUUUAGUGAACCAGAGACUGACGGCGGCUGCUGAAGAGAUUUUUGAGCUGUUUGAAAGAACGAUAGCAGAAUACGAGGAGCAGCUUAGUCGAUCUAAAGAGGAAAACCAUCGACAACAGAAACUGCUGGACGCUGUUUUUAACCCCGAAGUUCAGUUACACAGACCAGUCCAGCAGCUGAUGGAGAGAACUGAAGAGGUUCUCCCUGAGAUGCAGGAGAGGAGCACCAGUCCGAACCAGGAGAUGAUGAAACAUCGACAUGUCAAAAAUGAACCAGAGGAACUGUGGAGCGGCCAGGAGGGUGAGCAGCUUCAAGGGCCAGAGGAGGCUGAUAUCAGUAUGUUCACUUUGAUACCUGUCCCUGUGAAGAGUGAAGGUGAUGAAGAAAUAUCUCAGUCCUCAGAACUAAAUCAAAGUCAAACAGAAGUGAUGGAAACAGAACGUGAUAGAGAAGACUGUGGGGGAGCAGACACAGGCAGGCAAUUUGAUGCAGAGAGAAAUUUGCAUCCAGAGAUUGAGGUCAAGACUGAAGACUCAUCUGAACCUGAGAUGGAUGACAAUGCUGACUGGAAGGAGGCCACAAAAUACCCCUCCAUUUCAAACUCAGUAGAAGACCUUAAAAACAAGAGAGCAAUGACUGAUGAGAAAUCACAUACCUGCUCUGAGUGUGGUAAAAUGUUUAAACAUAAAGGUCACCUUACAGAACAUAUGAGAAUCCACACAGGAGAAAAACCCUUCAGCUGCUCUGUAUGUGGUAAAAGAUUUACCCAACAAAGUAAUAUGACCAGACACUUGAUAGGUCAUACCAGAGAAAAACUAGACACCUUUCCUGACAGUGGUGAAAAAGGUACCCAAAAACAACAUUUGAAAAAACACACAAGAGCCUACAAAGGAGAGAAACCCUACAGCUGCCCAGAGUGUGGCAAAACAUUUAACCAUGAUAAAAGUAUAACCAGACACAUGAAAAUCCACUUAGGAGAGAAACCAUUCAGCUGUUUUAAAUGUGGUAAAAGAUUUAGCCUCAAAUAUUAUCUGACAGAACACAUGAAAACUCAUACAGAAGCACAUCCCUUCAGCUGCGCCGAGUGUGGUCAAAGGUUUAAGCAAAAUAAAAAUCUGACCAGACAUUUGCUAGCUCACACUAGGCACAAACCCUUCAGCUGUUCUUACUGUGUUAAAAGGUUCACCACAAAGUCAUAUCUGACACUUCACAUGGCACAUCACAGAGGUGAGAAACCAUUCAGCUGCGAUGCUUGUGACGAAAAGUUUGCUUGGCAUUCUCAGUUAAAAAUUCACAAGCUUUUUUGUGGUCAGGGCUCCGAGGGGUCAGGGCUUCUUCAGAGGCAAACUGAGGAGAAAAGAGAGACGGACACAAGAGCUGAUGGAGAGGACUGUGGAGGAUCAGAAGCAGCUAGGAAUUCAGGUUCAGACAGAGAUUUAGAACCAGAGAUUGAGGUAAAGACUGAAGACUUUUCUGAACCUGAGACUGAAGGCACUGAUGAUUGGAAUACCAGAAAAUAUUAGUAAUGUUUUAGCUGUGAGAAAGUAUUGAUUUCUCUUGGUGACAUGAGAAGUAGGACUAUUGAGAGACCACUGUGUGAUAAAACAUUCAUCUUGAUUUAUGUCCUGAAGAAGCACAAGAACUCACAUUAAGAGGAGCCAUGUAAAUGUUGUUUUUUCUGUAAAAGAUUUAAGCAACAAGAAAUGUUUGUGGAAUACAAUUUCACCAAUAUAAAUCAUUCUUUAGCCAUCAGCUUUCAAAACAGGUAAUCUCAUCUCUAUUUAGAAGAAUGUAGAUACAUCUUCAUUUCAGUUUCUCGGAGUCCAAAUCCCAGUUUGACAGUGCCUUGGGAAAAAACUAGUGGAGAAGUCCCACUCGGGUAAAUUGGCUAAAUCAGGAACUUGUUACAGAGUGCCGAAGCUGUGGUUUUGAGGCUUCUUAGGACACUUUAUCUGCAAGGCAUGACUUGAUGCUGCUGGAUGCAAGAAGUGAUCAACUUCAGACGGGUCGGCUGAUUGAUGGGGUCUGCUACACAACACACAAUUUACUGACUGACUGAAAAUCAGCUGUGGUAAUAUCCAGUAGGUCAGGCAGUGUCAGCUAUUACAUCAGAUAUUUAUCAGUAUGUAAUGUGUUGGUCAGUGAGUAUGUAUGAUGAUACCAUAACUAUUCAACUAAUUGUCUUUUUCCACUAUUUAAGUCCUUAUGUCAUGCCAUCACUUGCCUUUACAGCAUAGGAGCUUGUUUCUGUUGAUACGAUUUGUCAAAUGCCUAUAUCAUCAGCAUAUCAAC